AUGGGUAACGGCAACUAUGAGAAGGACAUAAGGGAUUUUCUAGGAGCAUGGAGUGAUUAUCUACAGAGAAGGGGUAUAAACGACGGACAAGGAUAUUGGACACAAUUAAUGCGCGAGGUCAGCAUUAUCUUCCAGGAAGUAACAAGCACGAUCACCCAACGCAGCGGCGAGAACGCCAGUAUUUGUGGAAGUAUAUAUACCGGAGCGCAGCCAAAUAUGUCCACAUGCAAGAGCAGGUGUCAUGAAAUUGCGAACCUUAUGCUCUACAUAAAGGGAUACAGUUACAGUAAGGGUACUUGGACAACCAGACGGGCGGAUCACACAAGGCGCGCGCCGUUUACGGAAUAUUUACGGUGUACACUGGGCACUGAGGUUUUACUACAGCUGUAUGGGCAAACUAGUGAUCAUAGGGAAAUAAUAGAGAAGGUUGAGCAACACAUGCGGAACACGGAUGCACCAGGGCACACGCACUAUGCGCCAGGGGUAUGUGAGGGAAGGGACUAUGGGGAAGUCAUAUUCGGAGUAGGAGGUAUUGGACCAGGCCUACAGCAGCGCAUAAACGAAUGGCAGCAGGGUUUGCCAGGAGGCAAAACAAGAAGUACACACGGCACAGGGCAGCAGUGUGCUUGGGCACACAGGGAGCGCGAGGACAGUGAACAGAAGUGCAAUGAACAGUCGGUGCAGACACCACAAGACUCUGAGCUCAUGAGAAGCAUAAAAUACUGGGCGCAUACUACUAUGUUUAGGCGCGUGACGCCGGUGUUAGACGACAUGCAGAAGGAAGAAGCGUCCAAGAAGAAAUGUGAACUAGAGAAGAAGAUAAAGGAGGGAGUACAGAAAGUGAAGGAAAAAGUGAACCCCAAACGUGUCAAACCCGCCCCGGCCAAACCAGCACCACCACCCGUCGACGGAGGAAAGAAACCUGUCAAACCAGUAGCGCCGCAACCGGCAUCAACAGCGGUGGCAACGACGGAUGGGAAACCCACGACCACGGGACCGGGGGCAACGACGACGACAUCUGUUGGUGGUGGUGGUAAGACUGGUAAGGCUGGUGGUGCGACUCCCGGAGGAGGCAAGGAGAAGGCACCGAAAGCGACAACCGCAACAGAAGAUAAUUGUGCUUGGAGGAGCGUAAUGGAUACAGGGCAUAGCGGACUUCACGUGAAGGGUAUUUAUAGUAGUGAACAACUGCAGGCAUUGAAGACAGUGUUGCAGGAGUUUUCUGAUUAUAUGGACAAGAAUAAAGAGCACAUGGAUACGUGGGGUACAAACUGUGAAAAUUACGGUUGGGAUGAUUUCCCACAGCAGCAUGGUCACACAAUAGGGCAAAGGGUGGCGGACGUAGUACGGUGCAGACUCAUGACCCUUGCUUUGUUCUUCGCGAACCAGCAUGGGCACGAUGGAAACAGUGGGAAAGCACAGAACACGGAUGACGAUAAAUUGUACGAAAGGUUCCGGUGUGAACUAGCAAAUGUCUUUGGAUACAUGCUAAAAACUAUGUAUUGUAAAAAGCAAGGAACGUGGAAAAGAGGUGUAGAAUAUGCCUGGAAAACAGUGCAGCAAAUGGGCAAAGACGAAAAAACUGGUGCAGUGACAAUCUCGGGUCCCGUUAUGGAAGGGCGGUGCACCGAAUGCGGCUAUGACAUUGAGAAACGUGGAGUAAGAGUAGUAGAUGGAGCCAUGGUAAACUUGUUAAUACAUGAGGGGAACCUAAUGGGCAGAAUAGGACAGUUGGAAAACAGUACGGAUUGUAGCGAAAAGUGGGAGGAGUAUAAGUCGGGUCCGGGGAGGACUGAUGGAGACGGAAACGUGGACUGGCAGAAAAUCCCUGAAGUAACAACAACGGAAACGGAGAUAAUAGAGAAAACUAAGGAAGCAGUGACGCAAAUAGCAACAGAAAUUGACACAGAAAUUGCAAAAAACAAAGCGUUGAUUACGACGGACGCGGUAGCGGUAGCGGCAGCCACGAGUGUAGACUACGGCAGCAAUAACAGCAUCGGUAGCGGUAGCGGUAGCGGCGACGACGAGUGUGGACCGUAG